AUGGCUCAGGAGACAAACCAAACGCAGGUGCCUCUGUUGUGUACCACAGGCUGUGGGUUUUAUGGCAGCCCCCGGACCAACGGGAUGUGCUCCGUUUGCUACAAGGAGUUUCUACAGAGACAGCAGAGCAGUGACCGGAUAAACCCCCCAGCACCCAGUGGUUCCAACAGUAGCCCCAUGGCUUCAGAUUCCAUUGCUGGGCAGCGUGCAGAGGGAGACUCCAGGCCUGAAGAUGCAAAAGCCAGUGCUCCAGCUCCUGUGACCCAUCAGAUGACGGCCAUGAGCAUAUCCAGAGAAGAAAACAGCACUGAGACAGAAGAAUUCACCAAGACAGAAGAAGCCUCAUCAGAAUCUUCCUCGUCAGGUACCCUGCUUGAAAUAUCCCAGAACACCACUGAGAGCAAGGCAGCUUCAGAAAAACCGAAAAAGAAGAAGAAUCGUUGUUUCACUUGCCGGAAGAAGAUAGGGCUGACUGGCUGCGACUGCCGCUGCGGGAACCUGUUCUGUGCCAUUCACCGGUACUCCGACAUGCACGCUUGUCCCUACGACUACAAGGCGGAAGCUGCUGAGAAGAUCCGUAAGGAGAACCCCGUCGUUAUCGCCGAGAAGAUCCAGAAGUUGUGAAGGAGGGCUGAGCAGCUCGGACUGCAGCCAGGUGGCCUGGUGCUCUUCCCCUUCCUCCCAGCCUUCCUCCUCUUCCUCCCAGCCCCAUGUCUGAUGGGAACUCCAGCAGCACACGCGAACCAGCACCCAGACACGGGGACUCCUCGCACCUCUUUGACAAGACAGUUGGUGUCCCUUCUCUCCCU